CCGGCGCCUUUUCUGCAGCCCAGGGGGUGGGCUGGGAUAAAGGCCAGGGCACAUGAUGCCGUCCCCCUCCUCCGAUCAGCACCUGACCCGGAAAAGCCCAGGGAUCCUGCAAACGCGAGCUUCGUCCCAGAGCACCAUCCAUGGCCUCCCCGCGCCUGGGGACCUUCUGCUGUCCCACGCGAGACGCGGCCACCCAACUUGUGCUGAAUUUUCAGCCGCGGGUGUUCCACGCGUUGUGCCUGGGCAGCGGCACUCUGCGCCUGGUGUUUGGCCUCCUGCGGCUGCUGCCAGGGCGCCAGCCUGCGGGUCCUGGGGCUCCUCCACCACCCCCGCCGGCCUCGUCCCUUCCAGCCUCAGCGCGCAUCCUCCGCGCCGCCAUCACCUGUGACUUGUUGGGCUGCUUGGGGCUCAUCAUCCGGUCCAUAGUAUGGUUGGCCUUCCCAGAUUUCAUUGAAAGCAUCUCCAAUGUACAGGAAACGGACAUUUGGCCUGCUGCUUUCUGUGUGGGGAGUGCGAUGUGGAUCCAGCUGUUUUACAGUGCCUACUUCUGGUGGCUGUUCUGCUAUGCGGUUGAUGUCUACCUAGUGAUCAGGAGAUCAGCAGGAAUGAGCACCAUCCUGCUAUACCACAUCAUGGCCUGGGGCCUGGCCUUGCUGCUCUGCAUGGAAGGAGCAGUCAUGCUCUACUACCCCUCCGUGUCCAGGUGUGAGAGGGGCCUGGACCAUGCCAUUCCCCAUUAUGUCACCACGUACUUGCCACUGCUACUCGUCUUUGUGGCCAACCCCAUCCUGUUCCACAAGACAGUGACUGCAGUGGCCUCCAUACUGAAAGGAAGAAAAGGCGUUUACACAGAAAAUGAGAGACGAAUGCGAACUGUGAUCAAGAUCCGGUUUUUCAAAAUAAUGCUGGUUUUAAUUGCUUGUUGGUUGUCCAAUGUCAUCAAUGAAGGCCUUUUGUUCUAUCUUGAAAUGCAACCAGAUACCCAUGGAGGCUCUCUGAAACGUGUCCAGAAUGCAGCCAGGACCACAUGGUUUAUUAUGGGGAUACUGAAUCCAGCCCAAGGUCUUCUCUUGUCUCUGGCUGUCUACGGCUGGACAGGAUGCAACCUGGAUGUGCAGCCUGCCAAGAUGUUGAUCCAGUGGGAAUCGAUGACCACCUCAGCUGCCAAUGGCUCUGACCAGCCCCCCGUGGGCUCCUGUGUGCCCUGUGAAAACCCCACUUCCAAGAAGGGGGUAAAUGUUGGGAGGCACACUUCUGACGAGGACCUGAGUAUGCUGUCUGAAGGUUCUGACGCCAGCGCCGUUGAAAUCCAUACUGCAAGUGGGUCCCGCAAUGAAAAUGAAGUUGGCUUCGUUCCUCAAACCCAGGGACACUUAUGAAGGGGUGGAUUAGGAGUCCCUAGAGUCCUCAGAUUCUCCAGCUGUCAUUCUUUAGGACUGCGUUCUUCCUUCCUUCCCAUAUCCCCACUGCCAAAGUAUAGAUAACAUUGCCCCAAGCCUCCCUCGGAGAGCUCUCUGAGGAGCUACAAGAACUAAAGAUUGGGAAUGGAGAAUUCUUUCUAGAACACUCAGCCACUCAUCUUGACUCUUAAUUGCCAUUUGAACUUUUUCAGAG